AUGGCAUCUGACACGGCUGAAACAAUCGUCAGCGUCCUCGCGACCAUCGCCACGGCCUGUAUCUUUCUGAGUAUGGUACCUGGUAUUUGGGCUGCUCAUAAGAAGAAAAGUAUGGUGGGCAUCAACUACUAUCCACUCGCAAUGAUGUAUGCCCAGUCCGCUCGUUGGGUUAUCUACUCUUGGGCUGAUGACUCCUUCUUCCCCGUGGGAGCCGUCAACUGCCUCGGUGUGCUGCUCGGUGCCCUCUUCUCGGGCGUCUGUAUCUUCCACGAGACAAAUUCCAGGGUACGCUACAUCGCCUUUUUCCUUUUCUGCUAG